CUUUGCGGUUCCAACAUGGCGGAGCUGACGGUGGAGGUUCGUGGCUCCAAUGGUUUCUACAAGGGGUUUAUCAAAGAUGUUCAUGAAGACUCCCUCACAGUUGUUUUUGAGAACAACUGGCAACCAGAACGCCAGGUUCCAUUUAAUGAAGUUAGAUUACCACCACCACCUGAUAUAAAAAAAGAAAUUAGUGAAGGAGAUGAAGUAGAGGUAUACUCAAGAGCAAAUGACCAAGAACCAUGUGGAUGGUGGUUGGCUAAAGUUCGAAAUAAAGGAGAAUUUUAUGUCAUUGAAUAUGCUGCUUGUGAUGCCAUAAACGAAAUAGUCACAUUUGAACGACUUCGGCCUGUCUAUCAAAAUAAAACUGUCAAAAAAAAUACUUUCUUUAAAUGCACAGUGGAUGUUCCUGAGGAUUUGAGAGAGGCGUGUGCUAAUGAAAAUGCACAUAAAGAUUUUAAGAAAGCAGUAGGAGCAUGCAGAAUUUUUUACCAUCCAGAAACCACACAGUUAAUGGUACUGUCUGCCAGUGAAGCAACUGUGAAAAGAGUAAAUAUUUUAAGUGAUACGCAUUUGUGAAGUAUUCAUACAAAGUUGAUGCUUAUGUCCAGAAAUGAAGAGGCCACUAAACAUUUAGAAUGUACAAAACAACUUGCAGCAGCUUUUCAUGAAGAAUUUGUUGUGAGAGAAGAUUUGAUGGGUCUGGCAAUAAGAACACAUGGUAGUAACAUACAGCAAGCUAGGAAGGUUCCUGGAGUUACAGCUAUUGAGCUAGAUGAAGAUGCUGGAACAUUUAGAAUCUAUGGAGAGAGUGCUGAUGCUGUAAAAAAGGCUAGAGGUUUCUUGGAGUUUGUGGAGGAUUUUAUUCAGGUUCCUAGGAAUCUUGUUGGAAAAGUAAUUGGAAAAAAUGGCAAAGUCAUUCAGGAAAUAGUGGACAAAUCUGGUGUGGUUCGGGUGAGAAUUGAAGGAGACAAUGAAAAUAAACUACCUAGAGAAGAUGGGAUGGUUCCAUUUGUAUUUGUUGGCACUAACGAAAGCAUCGGAAAUGUGCAAGUUCUUUUAGAGUAUCAUAUUGCUUAUCUAAAGGAAGUAGAACAGCUAAGAAUGGAACACCUGCAGAUUGAUGAACAGCUACGACAGAUUGGUUCUAGGUCUUAUACUGGAAGAGGCAGAGGUCCUCGGGGCUCUAAUUACACCUCCGGUUAUGGUACAAACUCUGAGCUAUCUAACCCCUCUGAAACAGAAUCUGAAUGGAAAGAUGAGCUGAGUGAUUGGUCAUUGGCAGGAGAAGAGGAUCAAGAGAGCCAACAUCAGCGUGACAGUAGGAGACGCCCAGGAGGAGGAGGCAGAAGUGUUUCAGGGGGUCGAGGUCAUGGUGGACCACGUGGUGGCAAAUCCUCUAUCAGUUCUGUGCUCAAAGAUCCAGACAGCAAUCCAUACAGCUUACUUGAUAAUACAGAAUCAGAUCAGACUGCAGACACUGAUGCCAGUGAAUCUCAUCACAGUACUAACCGUCGUAGGUGGUCUUGUAGACGAAGGACUGAUGAAGAUGCUGUUCUGAUGGAUGGAAUGACUGAAUCUGAUACAGCUUCAGUUAAUGAAAAUGGGCUAGUCACAGUUGCAGAUUAUAUUUCUAGAGCUGAGUCUCAGAGCAGACAAAGAAACCUCCCAAGGGAAACUUUGGCUAAAAAAGAAAUGGCAAAAGAUGUGAUUGAAGAGCAUGGUCCUUCAGAAAAGGCAAUAAAUGGCCCAACUAGUGCUUCUGGUGAUGAAAUUUCUAAGCUCCAACGUACUCCAGGAGAAGAAAAGAUUAAUACCAUAAAAGAAGAAAACACUCAAGAAGCAGCAGUCCUGAAUGGUGUUCCAUAAACUGAAGAAGUUCCUAGUUUACAGUUCUUUCACAUUACAUUUUACAAUAGUGCUUGUACAAGCUUGCCAAAGAUAGAAUAUGGAUCGCCAGUCUUUACAUCGCACUUUCAGUUCCUCCAUUUGGAAUUCAGAAAGGGGAAGGAUCCUGAAGAAAUCAUAUGUUAAAACAUACUUUGACACCUACUGUGUUAUAAAAUAUAUAAUCAGAUGUGCCUUGAGAAUAGUAUAUGUAACAUUAAAAAAAGUUGCUGGCUAAAAAAAAAA